AUGCCGGGGUUUAGUGGCCUUUCAGCAUUGUAUCAGGCAGCAACUGAGCAAUUGGGUGGACUUCCUUCUCCUAGUGGAGGUAGAGGGAAAGUACUAUCAAACAUUGAUGAGAAUCCCGAGCCAUAUCUCGACGUGGAAUCGACACAAGCCUUGAUUCCAGAUGAUGACCGACCACCACUUUCGUUUACAGAGAAAUUAAUGACCCUCCUUCUCGAUUCCACAAAUAAUGAUAUCAUUACCUUUUUACCCGAUGGAACUUACUUUGCGAUGAGGACCAAAGAAUUUUCUGAAGGUCCCUUGCACAGUGCGUUCCUAUUGGAUUCCUUUCAAGAGUUUCUGGAGCAAAUGAAAGGUUGGGGAUUUACACGAGUUUGUGGGAAUGAAGAUGAGUCUCGGACUGGUAUUCAAGUAUUCCGUCAUCCAAUGUUCCGAAGGGACAAUCAAGAGGGCUUAGAGUCGAUGAAAUUCGGUCAGAACCCCACUGAGGCUCGUAUGUCUGCCAUACCAGACCGGUUGAAUACCAUUCAUUUGGUAAGAAGCGAAGAUUCGGGGUCAGCAUCGGCAUCGGCUUCUUCGUCAUCCAAGCGAAGACUGUCACCUUCUCAUACAGAAAGGGACAUUGAAGACUCAUAUCAGAAGACGCAACGGGUCUUUGAGGGGGACAAGGUAGAGUCGGUGAAUGAAUUGUCAAUUGUAAGGUCGUCGUCCUCAGGAUAUGACUCGGAGCAUUCAGUCGCCCGUCGGCGGUCAUCGACUGAAAUCCGAAGCUAUGCCUUGGCCAUGGCGACAGCCGAAUUGGAUAUGCAGUCGACUGGAGGUGAUGACAAUAGUGAUCACGCCAGGUCUUUUUCCACGGGAGCAAAGGAAGGAAAGACAAAUGCAUCUCUGAUCGAAGGAGGCGUGGAGCGAGCUACUCAGACGAUUGUCACUGAUGCUAUCGAGACGCUUCUUUUCGACGAGGGACAUACGAGACAAACUUUCAAGAAGCAUGAAAAAGAACUCUCACGGUCAUCCUUUCCAGGAGUGGUUCCGAUAAGUAAGCAACUCUUCUCUCGAGCAGCUGAAGGUACUGGUACUGGGGCAACCCCUGGACAUGCUGAUGUGGAUCAAGAAGACGACGCAUCGUGCGAAAGCAAGGGACACGCCGAAUGA